AUGGCAGGAGAGACUCAGCGUACGAACGCUGUCAAAGAGCUGGACGCUGAGUCCAAACUGCAGGAUGAGGGGACGACGCUGGAGCAGCAGAGUGACAAAACCACAAAGGAGUCUUCAGAGCACUUUUCAAGCACAGGCACUGAGGCCAAGGCCAGCAGCAGAGGGGCCAAGAUUGAAAAAUUAGAGAAGGAAAGGGACUAUACUCAGCAGCGUGAGGCUGUAAUACGGCCACAGCAAGCAGGAAAGAUUGACUUCAGGUCACUGCAGAACAGAACAAAAUUUGCCACUGACAGGACUUGGCCAAGUGGCAAAAGCAGCCCCCAGUCCCCCAGCGGAAAGGGCCGCAGCCGAGAAAAGGGAAAGCGGUCAGGAAAGUCAGACCGUGGCAACCCUCAGCAGCUGUACAGACUCAGCAUCACAAAUCCACGCUCCAACCCCACCAUUGGUAUUGCCUACCCACAGCAGAAGGUCUCACCACCCAAGAAGCUGGAGGCCAGUCGUGGCCCAGUCUCGGGCAGCUACAGGUUCCACGUGCCCAGUAUACCAGAAAGAGAGGCUGAGCUGCAGCAAGAAGAGCUCAACUACAGCCGCUGCUUCCAGGAAGCCCCCUCCAACCUUACCUCCCCAAGCUAUACCUCACAGUCACUUGGUUCAUCAGGUGGAACCUCCACCCACCAACAUCCACCCCUGUCUCAUCAGCAGCAGCCAGCCCCAAUGGAGAACAACAGUGCACAGCCUGGCAGCCAGCUGCUCUUGGCAGAUUAUCAGUUGAGUGGCUCUAAUGCAUGGCAGUCUCCCGAAAGGACUUUUAAUGGUGCCAGCUAUGGCAUUUCAUCACAAAAAUCCACUGCCCUCACAGAAACCAGUAAGGCAAGUGCCUUUGUGCCUGGACCAUUUCAAUAUGGAUAUCAGUUUCUGGAAGAAACAACCUCUGACUCUUUUCCCUGUGAACAGAACCCCCAGUCACAAGACUUCACAGACUCCUCCCUGGGUUCUGUUCAUGUGACCCACAACUCUUUUUCCUUUACAUCUGGAGAGGGCCAAGACAUCACUCAAAACAACACUCAGUUCAGUAAUGAACAGCAGCCAGAGGAUAGAGCCUCUUACCCCCACCCCCCGCAGUCACAGUAUAUUCAAGUUCCACAAGGAGCCUCAUCCUCUAUGCACUGUCCCAGAAGUCUGAUUGAGGACUCAGCAAGUAGUGACAGCUCUGGCUCUAGCUCACAGCAGUCAGAGCAGGGGAAGGGUGCCCCACCAGAGAGCACCGAGGUUUUUGGACAGGCAGACAGUAGCGAUGCAGCCAUCACUGCAGGCAGUAAGAGGAACUGCCAUCCCAAAGACACAGCUGUCAACCAGAGAACACUCAUGCAAGGAAGUGUGCACCAUACAAGAAAUAUUGCACAGGGUCCAAACUCCCAAAUGCACUUUCCAAACAAAACAUACAGCAGCCCUCCACUAAGUAACAUUCACAUGGGCCCAGUGUCUUUUGAUAAAAACAUCAACAACAAAGUUCACAAUAGGUUGCCACACUCAUGGGAUGGACCUAAUAAGACAUAUUCACCAGCUGAUUCAAACACAAGCCCAUAUCCUGAUAUGAAUGAUAAAUUUCAGUUUCAGAACCAGCCAGCUCUUGACCAAAGGCCCAAUUCAUCUAAAAAUGGCAGAAUGCCCUGGCAGCAAAUACGCCUAACCUCUGCUGUGCCCAGUCAAAACAGGAUUGAGUUAUCUAGGCAACUGAGCAACCAAAAAUUGGCUUACAUGGUUUCCCCCUCUGACUGGCAAGAUGAUAGUAAAUCACAUAAAAACGGCUCUCUGAAAAGCCCCAGCUCAUUUUCUAACCAAAGACAGGAAACUGUCAAACACAGCAGUAGUACAUCUUUUAAAGUGGAGAUGAGCCAUGCACAAGUCUGUGAGUCCAAAAAUAAAGCUGUGUAUUUUGGACUAAACCAAUCAAUUCCGGGAGCAUCCUCAAGAAACUAUAACUAUCCACCAUUACAAGUUCCACCUAUGGGUCUUAUGAUGGUGUCACCUUAUGAAUCCCCCUUGCCCUCCCCAGUCCAUAAUCCCACAUCUAACAGUACUUGUUCCUCCAUCUCUCCAGCAUCCACCAGUCCUGUUAACCUCAGUUCAGAGGAAAGCCAGAUGUCAAAAGCAGGCCCCCCUCACCCAUUUUAUCACCAGCACCAAGCCAAAACUCAGAUAACUUCAGAUCACCUAAACACAAACCCUCACCAGUUUCACUCAGAUGCCCCCCGAAACCUUCCUUAUGUGCCAGACAGAGCCAAAGAUGACAUGAUGAGCUACCUACAAAACAAUGUACAUCCUAAGACUACUGCGGAUGGAAGCAAGGGUUAUAUGGACAGUUUUGGGGUGGAUCAUCAUCAGCCUCCACCACCAUACUCUGCACAUCAGCUGUUAGCCACUUCUUUAGCCACAGCAAAUCUUGACCAGCUAGAUGUGCUUCUGACUUGUAAACAGUGUGAUCAGAAUUUCAACAAUCUGGCCUCAUUUCUAGGCCAUAAGCAAUACUGUGCUCAGCAUGCGUUUGCACAAAAUGACCUCAAAGACAUAUCAAAGAUGGAGGACAGAAAAUUCCAUACAGAACUGUCAAAAGCUUCAUCGUCUGGGUCUAGUGUGUCUGUGCCAAGGUGUCCAUCUGAACUACAUCUCUCUCUUUUGGGUCUCAAUAAGAACGGGGAGCUGAUAACUGACAGUGAGACAAAGGGAGACAACAAGGAUGACCCAAUGAAACUCAACUUGUUCUCUGGCCCUGGAAACCUUCCUGUCCCUCUCCCUGAAUUGGAAAUGGAGGAUGCCAAAUUAGACAGCCUAAUCACAGAAGCCUUGAAUGGACUUGGAUAUCAGUCAGACAAUGCGGAAAUAGACAGCAGCUUUAUAGAUGCAUUUGCUGAUGAUGAUCUCACCACUGUCAAAGCAACUUCAAACAAACAAUCUUUGAAAACCAAAGAAUCCAUGGUGUUUGAGAGUAAAAGUAAACAGGCCACAGACGAUGACAAGACUCUAACACAAGGAAAGUAUCUUUAUGACUCUGAUGUUGAGAGCCCUGAGACGGAUAAACAGUAUACAGAAAGCAAACUUGAGAAAAUAUCUCUGAACUUGGAACAAGAUGAGAAAAUUAACAUCAAAAAAGAAGUUUCUCAUAAAAAUUCAAGAUUUGCCUCAGGGGGGAAGGCAAGGGAACAAGACGGCAAAGGAAAAGAGGCAAGAAAACUAUGCAAGAGUGAGGACGAAAACACAAGCACUCCAAGAUUUCUUUUAUCCAGCAAGUUUUCAGAACGUUGUGGUGUUAAAAGCUUUCAGGAUAGCUCUGUACUUAGAGGGUCAACACCUUCCCAGGCGUCCACAUCCCCAACCUCAAGAACUGCAAUCAAAGAAACUAAGAGGAAAAGAACUGGCGGGGGCACCUGGAGCAAAGAACUUAUUCACAAAAUAGUGCAACAGAAAAAUAAACUCCAUAAACUCCAUGUUAAAGGCACCAAAAACCUCCAGUUCUCCCUAGUAAUGGAGAGACUGACUCCCACUGUACAGAACCCUGCAUUCGGAGAAUACGACUAUGUUUCAGAUUCUGAUGAUGAGUGUGAGCCUGUAAAGAUAGCAAGCCAAGGCCGCCUGAGCCAAAGUAGUCGAUGUAAAUACACAUACACUAAAGAGUGCAAAUGGAGAGCAAGGAGUGAGAGGGACCAGGCUGCAUGGAGACAUGAGUCAAAGGAGUGUUUUGAGGUGAAGAAGAGUGAAGAGGUUUCCCUCUCCCCCGAGAAGCAUAGUUCUCACCAGAGACUGAGAAGGAGGGGAAGCAGGUCAUCCACUAGCAGUGAACUCAGCACAUCUGUGAGUAUUUCCAGCGAUAGUAUCAACAGCCCCAAAAGCACUGACCGCACUGACUCAGACUGUGAGAAGAAGAUUGAAUCCAAGAGGAAAGAGUCUCCAGAGCAGAAAAUCUAUGAAAGGUCUACACCUCAAAAGUUGUGUAAAGAGUCCAGCACACUUGCACUGACAUUCACUAAAUCUGUCAAGAAGUAUAAUACUGAUAAGCCUAUCCUUUCUGAUAACAAAGACAAUGCAGAGACCCCAAAGAGCUGUCAAUCAAAUCCAGACGAUACUGAUCAACUAUCAAGAAAUGCCGUCAAAAACCUUGAAAAAAGCAAGAGUUCAAGAGACAAGCUGGAUACGCACAGCAAGGAAACUGGCACAGCAGUUAGUUCUGACAGAAACACACCACAGAGAAUAGACAAUUUAUGCGCCAAAGAAGAAUCAACACAGUCUAGCAGUACAGAUAUCAAGAAACUGCAGUUUGACUCACACUCCCCUGCCAUCAACAAAGAAAAUGAUUUUAAUAAUGAGACAAACACAAAGGGAAAAUCUACAGGCAAAAGAAAAGACAGUGAGGGCACACAAGCAGCUGCACAGCCAAAGCUAUCAGACAGUAUCAGAGUUGAAAAACAGAGUGACAGUGUUUGUAUGACGAAAGAGGCAAUUACUUUAGUCAAUGACUUAGACCCCAAGUCUGCAUCUCUUUGCACCUCCUUGAUGAACGAGGUAUGCCUAUCCCCCACUGAAACCCAGGGCCCAUUAAUACAGAAAGAUACAUCCCACCUCUUACCCUACCCCCUGGAUCACGAACAAGGGCUCAUGAAAUCCCCCCUUUCAUUUGACACUUCGUCAAUGUUUGGGGACCUCACAGGAUUUGACAAUGGCCUUUACUCAGAUAUGCCAAUGCAGAAGGAGGGUUUCACUUCAAUAGAGAAUACAAUUGAUAAAAAGGAAGACUUUGUAUCAUCCUUCUCUCCUUUUCUGGAACAAAGGGACUGGGGCCUCAUGGUGGAUGUCAGCCCAGUGCUACCAGAUGAGAUAUCUCAAUACAAAGGCAACUCUGAGAAAUCAAAUGAAAAGAAAUCAGAAUAUAAUCAUGUUCCUUUGUCGCUGCCAGAAAAAAUAAUGGACUACAGCACAAAUCUCAACAGCUGUGUAUCAGAGGAUGAACUUGAGAUAAAGAGAAUCGUGAAUGAACUUGAAAACCAGCUCCAGACAACUAAAUUGGAAAGUCCACCAUUACUAGCUGACAGUGACCCCAAGCAGUUGCAAAUGAGCAAGUUUUCUCCUUUACGCCUGGGGGAUGAAUCAGAAAGUGAAGGCACAGAUCUGGAUAUGAGGUGCCCUGUGCAAACCAUAGACGUGCCAGUGACUAGUAUGCCAUCAGAACAUUUCACUGAGCCAGGUCUCCCAUGGUCCAGUCCAUUCCAGUUCGAGUUGAUGGGUGGACACCAUAGCCCUCACACGCCAACCCAUAAUGAACCGGGGGCCCUUGAACAUUUUACUGAAAAAGAGGAUGAUACACCAAGUUUGAUAUCCACAGUCUCACAUAUUGAACACCCUCAGCUGCACCCUGACCAAAAAUCAGAGGACAUAAAUGUCGAAAAUGGGGCAACCACAAAGACAAAGGAGGAGAUUUUAGAACAGAAGAGAUACGCUGAAAACCUCAUGAAAAGCCUUGAGAUGAUUUCAGAUUCCAUAUUCAAAAAAGAACCCAUUAUUUCAGAACAGGAGGAGCUGAAUGUCACCUCUCUCAAGAGUCAACAACAUCUAGAAAUUGAAUGUCAUGUGACUGAUGCAGAUGAGAGAGACGAUCACAGUGGAAAGGAAGCAAUUACUGAGAAGGAGAGUAUAUUAUCACCCCCAAAUAUCAAUGAGCGGAAGGAUGAUAUUGAAUUCAUUUUGAAUGAGUCACAGUCAUCUCUCUGUAACUGCACUGACCCUGCAGUUGAUGGAAGUCAGCCAAUUUUAUUGCAGCCAAGAGAACCCACAGAAAACAAUGAUAGCAGGGUAGAGACUAAAGCUGAGGAGGAUAUUCCUGACGACGGUGAUAUGAUUGAGCCUACUCACUGCUCUAAUUUGAAGAGGCAUGACUCACAAGUAGCUCAGGAGACCUGUGGGAACAGUAAUGCAGAGAACAACAUAAACAAACUCUUUAAAAACAGUACGGACACUCCAGAAAAUUCUGCCACAGAUGACUGUGAGGAAGUAGAGGCGGUGAAAGGAAUCAUUGGUCAAUCAGAUGGCCAAGGUUUGCCACCAGCUCUACCAGACACCAGCCUGAACAUGGGCGUGAACAUGGACGAUGUGGUGGAAAAGGCACUGGUAGUACAGUCCGUUAAUAUCCAUAAUAAUGCACAAGAUUGUUCUUCAUCAACUUCUGUUGAAGUCAAAGUGGAGCAGUCAGAUAAUGUGAAAGAGGAAAAUGAAAUGGCUGUUGGCAAAACAAAACAAAAUGACUUGAUUGGACUUGCUGCCCCUCAAAACUGUUGCCCUCCUGCGAUUUACAGUGCAGAUCAAGCAAUGGAGAUUGUCACCACAGAUAAGCCUUGCAGUCCAAUACUGAUGGAAACCAAUAUAGAGUGUACAAGUCACUGCUCACCCUCACAAGGUACUCAGUCCACAGAGAUAGAGAGCAAUCUGUUGACCCUUUCACAGUCUGAUGGCAUCCUGGAUAGUCAUACCAGCAAAAUGAUUCCAUUACAUGACAAACCAAAAACUGCCCUUGCUUUUGACACCGUUCAAAAACAAGAAGCAGAAGUUUCAAAUCUAAAAGACAUUGAUGAACAGCUUCCUGCUCAUCUCAACGCAAAUCACCGGAAAUCUCCACCCAGAGGGGCUAUGGUGGAAAGUCAGGGUCUUAUUCUACAUGCUGCUCCACCAACGAGCCCUAUAUUUUCCACUUCUCCUCACACAUCCAUAGAGAAAUCAGACAUACAAGAGGACCCAUGUCAAUCACAAAGCAAAUACAGUAGUGUAAACACUGACCAAGGAUCUGUUCUGAAAUCCCCCAGAAACAAAGAUGAUAACAAGCAGAUGAUAACAGCGGAGAUGGGGUACUCUAUGAUAAGCCCACCUCACCUGGACCUGGGAAUCACAGAGUGUACAAUUCCCAGUACUGAAGCUACUGUUCCUUCUCCACUUCCCACAACCAGCACAGCACAUCCAUCAGAGGCAUCAGAGGGCCUUGCAAAAAGAGACCCAUUGUAUGAUUUCAAGCUUAGCCCACUGAACUACAAUGGCAUCUCAGAUGACCCUCCACAACUGAAUCAAUAUAACUACAUCCCCAUUUCACCGCCCAAUAAAGGUGAAAAUAAGCCAGAUAUCAAGCAGAGUCCUAGAGAGGACUGUGAAUCAUGUGACAUCAGCGUUGACCCCUUACUGAUUUUCAACAAAACUGCAACAGGCAUAGACACAGAGAUUCCUCUGAGCUCAGACCCUGCAACUAAACUUAGUUUAACAGACGAACCUUUGGACAGUAGCAGCAUUCAGGAGAGUAUGAAAUUCACAUGCCUGACAUUGGGUCUUCCACCUCAGAUCAAAAGCAGUGAUUCUUCAGCUGACAAUGUAAAGAAGGAUCUGGAUGUUUGCCAUAAUCCGCUUGAAUCUGUUGACUAUUUGCAUAUUCAUGCUGACCUUGUGAGAAAAGUUGAAUCAGAGAAUUUAGAUAUUUAUGAGGCUCCCUCUGAAAAGGAUGCCGCAAUUCUCAGAAAAGACAUUUCAGAUGGUCCGCCCACUCCUAAGCCACUCAUCAUCUGUGAAAAUGAACAAAUGCCUCUACCACCAGACCCAUCAGAGAAACAACCAACAAUAGAGACUGGCCAGUGUCCAACAACCUACCAAGUACAAGAAGAAAUAUCACAAAAAAAGACAAGUGUUCAGAACAACACUCAACAGGGAAAGGUACUCUGUGAAAUCUGUUCCAUGUGUUUCAGGACUGUGCCAGGGUUAAAGAGACAUAAGGCCAUGAAACAUUUGGUCAGAGCAGAGAAACACACUGUCCUGGAAAAUACAACAUCAAGCCAUCAAGGGAGUCUCCUUAUUUACGAAGCAUCACAGACUACAGAGAAAGGACAUAAAGAUGAUUCACAGAUCUGUUUCUCAACAAAAAUAGAUGGGACGUCUGAGACUCUCCAUCCUGAGAGAAGUAACAUUCUCACAUCUAAAGCAGCAGAGACUGACUUAGUCCGGGAGGGAAUCACAGCUGAAACAAGUACGUCAGUGUCAGUGGAUGAAAUAGGCCACCAAAACUCUCUCGUGCCAACAAAGGCAAAGAGGAAUAACAAAGCCAAGAAGAAUAAAAAUAGUGAGGUGAACAUAAAGCCUGACCCUUUCUCUGAUGAACUUCUAAAUAUGUUGAAAACAGAUAUACUACAAGCAAUAACUCCUGAAUUCCAAAACCGUGGACUGCAAGAAAACUGCAAAUCUCCUGAGGACCAGGCGAAGAUCAAUAAGCAUCUUAACAAAGAUGUAACUGAAAUGGAGGAAUUUUCUCUCCCUGCUGCUUCAAACUGUGGCUUUGAAGAUAUAUCCAGAUCCCCAACAAAAGAGACUAAUGUACUCAUUGAAGCUGUGGAAUUAAAUCAAAACAACACUGCCAUGAAAGAGAUGAAAUGUACAAGUAUGACAGAGAUGGCAAACGGGGAAGCAGAAGUAUGUAUGAACAUUAGCAAAGAUUGUGGUGUAUGUGUGGAUAAGGAUAUUCGCAGAGAAUGUGAUGAAUCCACAGAGAAUUUGUUUGCUGUGGAAGAGAUGUGUGAACGAAAAGGAUCAGAGGAGAGCCUCGCCAAAGAAAUUCUGAGAAAAGUGUCAGGUGAUAUAAAAUGUGAGAAAAACAGUGGCCCUCCAGAUGAGGUACAUCCUCUCUCCUGCUCGAACCCUCUCAGUCCUCCUGGCAUAAGUCCUGAUCUGAAGGCCUUACUUGAUGAUGACACCACAUUCUCGCAGCUGUUCCCCAGAGAUGAGGAGACAAAAAGAAAAAAGUGCCCAAGGGUUUACAGCAAGAGAAACAAAAGACAGAAACUAGCACCUAAUUCACAUCUGACCCAAGACUACCCUCCUGAAAUGUUUAUGCAAAACAAAGAUCAGUACGUAGAAAACCAAGCAGAACAAACAUUCAUCAAUAAUCAAAACAACCAUUGUGACUAUGAGACAAUAUCUAUUGAUGAUGCCAUCAUGUUGAAUAUGUGCCAUAACAGCACCUUGAAGAGUGAUGCCAAGUCAUUAUCAUCAUUAUUGGAUAUCAAACAAGGCAUUAAUGAUCACGAGGACAUUCCUGAGAAUACUGAACAGCGUGGCAGCACCCUCUUAAAUCCUCUUGAGAGCACCAUUGAUAAAUCUUCAAUAGAAUGGAGUGGCUCCAGUGACUUCAGCAGUUUGACUGCAGACCCGAUGGUGUCCUCUGACCCAAGCUCAUGUAAACCAGAAAUGCCAACUGCACCUUGUCCUCUGCCCCUCCCCUCAGCCUCUUACACUGUGGAGCCAUGUGUCGCAGACAAUGUAACAAAUUUCCACAGCAUUGACAUUCAAAACAUCAACACUACAUUUCAGCUUCCUGAAAUCCAAUUCUUUGACUCCAACAAAGACAUCUCGGUGGCUCCUCCCAUCGCAGCUAUUGACAUAGAGAAUCGGGAUCUUGAAAAGUCUAAGAAACUAACAGAGCGGCGAGGCAGGAAACGCCAAGACGGCAGUAUAAAGGUCAAAGAUAAGCAGUACAAGUGCAAGGUAUGCUUCACUUGGUUCCUCACCUUGGGGGAGCUAAACUUUCACAAGCUAUCCCACAACCCUUCUCCACCCCCAACAUGCUACAUGUGUGUGCAACGCAAGUUCAGCUCCAGAGAACAAUUGAGAGACCAUCUGAGGGAGAAGCAUGCCAAGAACAAGACAGGUAUCUGGACCUGUGGAAUGUGCUUGAAGGAGAUAUCAGAUGUAUGGAUGUAUAAUGAACACCUACGAGAGCAUGCCACCCAGUUUGCCCGGAAGGGCCAGACACAGGGCUCCAUGCUAGGCAUUCCAGGCUGCUUCAUGCAGGAGACAGCUGUGAAAAACUUCAUCACCUCAAUCAUGCAGCACCGCCCCAACAAAACAAACAGAGAGUCCAGCAAAGCCACUAAAGAACAAGAGAAGGCUGUGGCUGCAGACAGCACCGUAGGAGAUGGGAAAGCUACAGAGGGGGCUGAGCCAAAACUUCACAAAACUAAAAGCAGCAAUGGAAUAAGUGGGAAGCAGAGCACAUUAACACCACUUGAGGUCCUCCACAAAACAGAAGCACCUAAAAGUGUGGAGAUGCAUCCCAACUGCAAAGACCCCUCAAGGGACUGCCACCACUGUGGCAAACAAUUCCCCAAGCCAUUCAAACUCCAGAGACAUUUAGUGGUUCAUAAUUUGGAGAAGAUUUUCCUGUGUCACAAAUGCCCAGUCUCUUAUCAGGAGGCCCAGGAACUAAAAGAUCAUCUCAAGAGAGCACAUGAAGAGGUGGAUGAGCUGGAUUCAAAACACACCACCCUCUACACUUGUGAGCUCUGUGCUGAUGUCAUGCAUGUGAUUAAAAAAUCUUUCAUCUGUAGCACCUGUAACUAUACGUUUUCUAAGAAGGAACAGUUUGAUCGUCACAUGGAAAAACAUCUGUCAGGGGGGAACAAAAUUUUCAAAUUCAGAGGUGUUCUUAGACCUGUCAAAGCAUCUGCCUCCAAAGAGGAUGACUGUGAUUUGCCUGCAAGUAAAAAGAGGAAAAUUCUCCCUGACAGUCUGCAAGAGAAUAGUUCAGACAGUGGUAUCGCUAGCAUAGUUUCACUGCACUUAAAUCAGAACUCUGAAACGCAGUCUUCCAAGCCCACUGUAUCCACAGCAGAUGACUCUACACAGACCAGCACGAAUGAGUAUCGCAGUGAUACAAACAAUACAAAUGUUAAGACUGAGGACAUUGCUGAGGAUUACUCUGACCUACUUGUGGAGCUGGACCAGUGUGCAUUUAAUAUGGGCUCUUCAGAGUCGACGGCACCCAAAAAAGAGGAAAUUGAUCCAACUCCCUCACCAAACAUUGAUAAAGAGGAUUAUGGGAAAUCAAUUACUGAACCAUGUGAUGUGAAGGAAGAGGAUGAGUCAGUCAGCAUCCGAGCAGAGACAACCUCACAAUGGUUAGCUGCUAAAGAGAGCAAUAAAAUGGGGGAUGAGGGGGGCAAAACCAAGCAAGGUUCUGCUGAAGGUAGCACAGAUAACACUGAAGAGAAAAGAGAUUCAGUUCCACCUAGUGAUGACUCUUUUGGGAGCUUUCAAGAGAGUGAAAUUAUUUCAAAUAUACCUGAACCAGCAAAGCAUGAAUUAGCUGCUAAUGUGAUGGACCAACAGAGGGAGGAUGAGCUGGGGCAAAACACACCUAAAACAUACAACGACACCAAACCACAAACUUUGCUAUCUGACAGUGCUGAGCAGCAAGGUAGCAGUCAGAUGAACGACAGAGUCUCCCCAGCCAAAACAAGUGAUAACACCAAAAACAAUACCACCACAGGCAACUCCAGAGGUGCAGAAUCAACACCAGUCUUACACUCUAAGGUACCACUCCAUGCCUCAGUCUCAAAUGAGGACAGAGAGUGUUUGAAACAACAGAAGAAGAGGAAAGAGAUAAAGUCGCCCCAUAGCCUGCAAAGGGUUUCCUCUCCAGCCACACGUGAGAACUUUGUUGUUGAUGCAAGGGCUAAAAAGAAAUUUCGCCCCAACAAGUGUGAGAGCCCUUCUUUGCAAAGAAAGUCAGAUGGACCUAAUGAUUACCCGGUGCUCUCCUCAGUACGGGACGAUGGUGUUAGCAACAAAAUAGUCUCCAAGUGUAAGACGACAAACUUGGGUUUGCAAUCAAAGAGAAGUUUGCUUGAUAACUGCACACCAAAGAAAGCGGAGAUUGUGACACAUCUUAAUGGGGAUUACAAAGCCAAAAAAGGACCUCUAGGGCGGCCUUUGCAUUCCCCAGUUUCUAAAGUGUCAGCAGUUCCCAUGAACAAUUCUUUGAAUAAGUCUAGGCCAAAGUUGGGGGUGAGAUCAAUGGAAAGCCAUUCCUACCGGACGGCAGAAUCCCAGAAUCACCUCCUAAGCCAGCUAUUUGGCCAAAAACUUACUAGCUUUAAGAUUCCUUUAAGGAAGGACACAUCAGAAUCUAUUAACUGAGAGAGGUUUGAGGAAUCUGUGAAAAAGAGACUGUAAAUUUCACAAUUACAAAUGAUCGAGACAAUUCAUUAUGAUGAAUGAGAUUGCACAGCUCUUUUCUGUGAAAUGCUAUUCUUAAUACUUAUGUAGUCACUUUAUGUCUUCUUUUGUAAAGGUGUUUUUAUUACACAAAUGUGAGGACUAAUGGCAGAUAUGAAUUUUGGGUCAACAAUGAAUAUGCUAGUUGGGCAAAUCAUUGAUUUUUUUUUCUGCUAUUCCUUUGUUGGAUAUUAUCCGUUUCAGAGUUUAUAUUUCAUUCACAUAAAGGAAAGAAAAAAAAGAAUACUUGAAAAUACAGUAACAUAUUUUUUCUCCAAGAAAUGCAUGUUAGUUUUGCAUUCACAACAUGGUCUUAU